AUGGCGUCCUCGAAGAAAAACCUAAAGGCGACAAAGAAGUUCGAGAAGAAGCACCUCAAGGGUGUUUUGGAGAGGAGAAAAGCGACGGCCAAGAUCAAGCAACGACAACAGCUCAAGGAGAAGAAGAAGGCCAAGCGCGCAGGGGAUGACGAAUUUUACAAGGGGCCGGGCGGCGAUGCCAAUGGCGACAAGAAUGCUUCCAACAAAAAGCCCGGCGUCAAGGCCAGCGAGAUGAGCGUUGACGACUUCUUCAAGGGCGGCUUCGAGAUCCUGGAUACAAAACCCAGGGCCGACAAGACAAAAUCCACCGCAAAGCUGGGGAAGCGAAAGCGAGGCGAACCCAAUAUUCAGGAAGAUGGUUCAAAAGGGAGCGGUAGUGAACCCGAGUCUUCGGGAAAUGAACAGCCCAUGGACAGCGGCAGCGACCCGGAUACCGACGAUCUCAGCGACGCAGAGGACCUCGGCAUGUCCAAGAGCGCCAUGGAAGCUCUCGCCGAGAAAGACCCAGAGUUCUACAAGUUCUUGAAGGAGAACGACCCAGAGGCGCUGGAUUUUGACGAAAACGCAGACCUCGCGGAGGUGGACGAACUCAGCGGAAGUGAAGGAGAGCAGGAGCAACCCAAAAAGAAGCAGAAGAAGGAUAAGAAGGCCGCCAAAGAGGAAGAGAAGGACGACAGAGAGCUCACGCAAGCCAUGGUGGCCAGGUGGAAGGCCUCGAUCACCGAGACCCACUCGCUCAGAGCUGCCCGGCAGGUGGUUAUCGCGUUCCGCUGUGCGGCCCACUUGCACGAGAGUGGCGAGGAGAACCAGCAACGAUACACCAUCACGAGCCCUGAGGUUUUCCACGAUAUUGUUGUCGUCGCGCUGAAGGAGAUACCAGAAGUCCUGCAACAUCAUGUUCCGGUGAAGGAAUCUGCGGCUGGCAAGGUGUACGUCCAAACCGAGGGCAAGAAAUUCAAGACACUGUCCAUGCUCAUCAAGAACUUUGCGGCCUCUAUUAUCCGGCUGCUUGGGACGCUGUCAGAUGAAGCAACCCUCAAACUCACACUGUCGGCUUUGCACCCACUCCUGCCAUACCUGCUCUCGUUCAGGAAGUUGCUGAAGAUGCUGAUCAAGACCGUCGUCGCGUUCUGGUCCCAGUCUGCAAGCACCGACUCCACCAGGAUAACGGCCUUUCUCGUGAUCCGCCGUCUAGUGGUCAUUGGUGACAAGGCCGUCAGGGAGGUGGUCCUCAAGGCAGCCUACCAGGGUCUGGUUCAGGGCAGUCGUGUAACCAACGUCAACACCAUCCAGGGCAUCAACCUCAUGAAGAACUCGGCCGCCGAGCUGUGGGGCCUCGACCAGAGUCUAGGCUACACGACAGCCUUCACCUCGAUCCGCCAACUGGCCAUCCACCUCCGCAACAGCAUCGUCAACAACAAGAACGACUCGUACCGCGCGGUCUACAACUGGCAGUACGUGCACUCGCUCGACUUUUGGUCGUGCGUCCUUUCGGAGCACUGCAGCCCACUCAAGGAAGCCGAAGCCGGCAAGGGGAGCCAGCUCAAGCUCCUCAUCUACCCGCUCGUCCAAGUCACCCUGGGCGCGAUGCGCCUCAUCCCCACGGCGCUCUAUUUCCCCCUCCGCUUCCAGCUGAUCCGCUCGCUCCUGCGCCUGUCGCGCGCCACCGACACGUACAUACCGCUCGCCUCGACCCUGCUCGAGGUGCUCGGCUCGGCCGAGAUGAAGAAGCCGCCCAAGUCGUCGACGCUCAAGCCGCUCGACUUUGCCGUCGCCUACAAGGCGCCCAAGUCCUACCUCCGCACGCGCGUGUACCAGGACGGCGUGGGCGAGCAGGUCGCCGAAUUACUGUCCGAGUUCUUCGUGCUCUGGUCGCGCAGCAUUGCCUUCCCCGAGUUUGCGCUGCCUGUCGUCAUCAGCCUGAAGCGCUGGCUCAAGGAGAUCCGGAAGCCCGGUAAGGGGAACAAGAAUGGGAAAGUGGCGGCGGGCUUGGUGCUGCUCGUGCAGAAGCUCGAGGCCAACGCCAAAUUUAUUGAGGAGAAGAGGGCGCGGGUCGAGUUCGCGCCGAAGGACCGGGCGCAGGUGGACGCGUUUCUCAAGGACUUUGAAUGGCAGCGGACGCCGCUGGGCGCGUUUGUUGUUUCGCAGAGGAAGUUGAAGGCGGAGAAGCUGAAGGUGAUGGAGGAGGCCAGGAAGGAGGAGGAGAGGAAGCGGAAGGAGGAAGAGAGGGAGGCGUUGGAGGACGGGGAGAGGGGUGAUGAUGAGAGUGGUGAGGAUGAGGAUGAGGAUCAAGAGGCUGAUGGGGUGGAGGAAGAGGAGGAUGAUGAAGACGAGGAGGAAGAGGAGGACGAAGAAGAAGAGGAAGAUGAAGAGGAGGAAGAAGAGGAGGAUGAAUAG